CACGAAGAAGAGGAAGUGAGUUCUUCCGGUUCUCUAAUGAAGAUGGCGACAGUGAGAUGCAGAGAGUAAAUAAAUAAUAUAAUUUUCUCUCAUUGUGUCAGAAAUAAACAUUUUAUUCAGAUUCUGCGACAAAAUGACGAACCGAACGGCGUAUUUCUACGACCCAGACGUGGGGAACUUUCACUACGGUGCUGGACACCCAAUGAAGCCUCACCGGCUGUCUCUCACUCACAGUCUUGUGCUGCAUUAUGGGCUCUACAAGAAGAUGAUGGUGUUCAAACCGUACAAGGCGUCCCAGCACGACAUGUGCCGCUUCCACUCGGAGGAUUACAUCGACUUCCUGCAGAAGGUCAGUCCAAACAACAUGCAGGGCUUCACCAAGAGCCUCAACACCUUCAACGUAGGAGACGACUGUCCUGUUUUUCCGGGUCUGUUUGAGUUUUGUUCGAGAUAUACAGGUGCCUCCUUGCAAGGAGCGACUCAGUUAAAUCACAAGAUAUGUGACAUUGCCAUAAACUGGGCUGGAGGUUUACAUCAUGCAAAAAAAUUUCAGGCGUCUGGAUUUUGCUACGUGAAUGACAUUGUCAUCAGUAUUCUUGAACUUUUGAAGUAUCAUCCGCGCGUGCUCUACAUUGACAUCGAUAUUCAUCAUGGUGAUGGUGUACAGGAGGCCUUUUAUCUCACAGACAGAGUCAUGACUGUGUCCUUCCACAAAUAUGGGAACUACUUCUUCCCAGGAACCGGUGAUAUGUAUGAGGUGGGAGCUGAGAGCGGCCGCUACUACUGCCUAAAUGUCCCGCUGCGAGACGGUAUAGAUGACCAGAGCUACAGACAGCUGUUUCAGCCGGUUAUCAAGCAGGUGGUGGACUUCUAUCAGCCCACCUGUAUCGUUCUUCAGUGUGGAGCAGAUUCUCUGGGCUGUGAUCGGUUAGGAUGCUUCAAUCUCAGCAUACGAGGACAUGGAGAGUGUGUGGAGUUUGUGAAAAGCUUCAAAAUCCCGCUGCUUGUUCUGGGUGGAGGAGGAUACACGGUCCGAAACGUUGCUAGAUGUUGGACAUAUGAAACAUCUUUGCUAGUUGAGGAGUCCAUUAGCGAUGAACUGCCGUAUAGUGAAUACUUUGAAUAUUUUGCUCCAGACUUCACACUUCAUCCAGAUGUCAGCACAAGGAUAGAAAACCAGAAUUCUAGACAAUAUUUGGAGCAGAUUCGUCAAACAGUGUUUGAGAACCUGAAGAUGUUGAAUCACGCACCAAGCGUUCAGAUCCAUGACGUUCCCUCUGAUUUACUGAGCUAUGAGCGACCAGACGAGGCUGAUCCUGAUGAGAGAGGAUCAGAAGAGAACUUCUCUAGACCUGAGGCGGCGAAUGAGUUUUAUGAUGGUGACCAUGAUAAUGAUAAAGAAAGCGAUGUGGAGAUCUGAAGAUCAUCUCUUGUGUGCUGGAUGUCUGACUUCAGCCAUAAAGUUGUCCAUUCCUUGCCAUAUCUAUAGUACUUAUGACUGUAUUGUGCUGAGUGGAUGAAUCUUCUCUUUCUUUACA